UGGUGAUAAGCUUCAGGCCAAAAAGCUCUCUCUCUCAGAUCCAACUCUCUUCUCUUUCCUCUCAUCUCUCUCUCAUUCUUCUCCAGCGUUCGAUCACUCUCUUCUACAAAAACAAUCCCACCAAUCCCCUUUCUCCUUCUCCCUCUCUCUCCUCAACGCGCGGCAAAUACAAAACUAACAAAACCACAGCCUCUUAACCUCCACUCUCUGUCCACAGGUUACUCUCACAUUCUGUGAAUUUUCUUCCAUGGUGGACCUAGGGUUCCAAUUUCGGCCAUUCAUUCUUUCCUCACCGACUAUAUAUGUAUUAAUGCAUUUGUGUGCAUGUGUGUGACAUGGUUUUUAUAGAUCGGUAAAUAUAAGUCUGUGUAACCGUGUGAAUGCAGUGAUCUAGGGUUUUUUCUUGGGGUGGGGAUGGCGGAGGCUCCGACAAGUCCAGCGGGUGGGAGUCACGAGAGCGGUGGCGAUCAGAGCCCACGCUCGGCGGGGGUGCGCGAGCAGGACCGCUAUUUACCGAUCGCGAACAUCAGUAGAAUCAUGAAGAAAGCGUUGCCAGCCAACGGCAAGAUCGCCAAGGACGCCAAGGACACCAUGCAGGAAUGCGUCUCCGAAUUCAUCAGCUUCAUCACCAGCGAGGCGAGCGAUAAGUGCCAGAAGGAGAAGAGGAAGACCAUUAACGGCGAUGAUUUGUUGUGGGCAAUGGCAACGUUAGGGUUUGAGGACUAUAUCGAGCCACUUAAGGUGUACCUAGCUAGGUACAGAGAGUUAGAGGGUGAUUCCAAAGGAUCUGCUAGGGGUGGAGAUGCAUCUGUUAAAAGGGAUGUGGUUGGUGGUCUUGCCGCUCAAAAUCCACAGUUUGCUGAUGCUGAAGGUUAA